ACCCCGCUUUGGGGGCGUCGUGCCGAGCCGACGUCACGGCGCGAGUGACCCGCGGAUGGAACGCGGACAAAUGUAGCGAAUUGCGCUUCCGACUGCCGCGCGGGCGGCUGCGAGUGCCGUUGUGGCUGCGACUGCCUCCUCCUCCUCCUCCUCCCGCCCGUGGAUCGGGGACGAUGUCGCUGUGAAGGCAGCCCCACGGGGGCAACCCCGCCCGCCCGGCCGGCUACUGCUAUAGCCCCUGGGCUACCAGGCGCGCUUCGGUACGGAGGGCCGACGGUGUCGCGGGGCCGCGACCCUCACGUCCCGGGCUACGGGAAGGCCGGUCCUCGGGAUCGCCUUUGUAGCAGCAGCAGCAUCAGCAGUGGGAUCAUUAUCCGUGGUAGUAUAAUAGUGGCGAUAGCAUCAUCAGCAGCAUCAUCAUCAGCAGCAUCGUCGUCUGCUCAUAACGGCUUUGUCAUCGUUAACAAUUAUAGGCAGCGUGACAUCUCAACGUAAACAUCGUCAUAACUUAUAAUCAUCGCAGCGUUGUCACACCAUCAUCCGAGUUUAAUAGGGUCACAGCAAUAUCGUCACCAUGAUGAGAUCAUAACACGGUCACUACAAAUUACACAUUUGAUCAACAUAAACAUCGCCGUAUCGUCAAUAAAACAUCACAGCGCCUUUCGCGAGAUCGUCAGCUUCUUCCCACGUGAGAACCCAGAUUCUGUAACGGCCACGACGUCGUAACAAAGCCAGAAUCGCAAGAUCCUCAUCAUCACAAUCAUCACCACCACAUCAGCAAUCACAGCAUCAUCUUGGUACCAUCACAGCAGUAGCACGGUACCAUCACAGCAGUAGCACGGUACCAUCACAGCAGUAGCACGGUACCAUCACAGCAGUAGCACGGUACCAUCACAGCAGUAGCACGGUACCAUCACAGCAGUAGCACGGUACCAUCACAGCAGCAGCACGGUACCAUCACAGCAGUAGCACGGUACCAUCACAGCAGUAGCACGGUACCAUCACAGCAGUAGCACGGUACCAUCACAGCAGCAGCACGGUACCAUCACAGUAUCAGCAGCAGCAGCAGCGAGGACGAUGCCGAGCUCGGCCCUGGUGGUCGGGGACAUGGAGCGGGUGGUGCCAGGCGGGGCCGAGCAGCAUCGGGCCCUGCAGAUGGCCCUGGAGAAGAUCAGCCUCAUGGGCCUCGGCGACACGGAGCGCGCCGUCCUCUACGGAGACGGCGGCGGCGGCGUCGUCGGCGUCGGGGCUUCGGUCGACGACGGCGGCGGCUCGUGCGAGAGUGACCACUCCGGCGACAACGUGGGCACCAAUGGGAACAACGGCGGUGGUGGUGGUGGAGCGAGUAAUGGCAACAACGGUUGUGGUGCUGGUGGUGGUGUAAACAACAACAACAGCAGCAGCAGCAGGAGAGGAGGGAACACCACCGAGUGUGUGUGCGUGCCCAGCUCGGAGCACGUUGCGGAAAUCGUGGGCAGACAGGGCUGCAAGAUCAAGGCCCUGCGGGCCAAGACAAACACGUACAUCAAGACGCCGGUGCGGGGCGAGGAGCCCGUGUUCGUCAUCACGGGCCGCCCCGAGGACGUGUGCAUGGCCAAGCAGGAGAUCCUCUCGGCCGCCGAACACUUCUCCGUGCUCCGGGCCUUCCGCAACAAGCCGCCCGGCCCGGCGCUCGGCCCGGGGCCCAACCCGCAAUCGGUGGCCACGGCGGUUGGGGGGGGCGCUGCCGCGGGGGGGGCGGGGGGCGCGGCACAGCUCCAAUCGCCGCCGGCCGUGCCGGGCCAGACGACGAUCCAGGUGCGCGUGCCGUACCGCGUCGUGGGCCUCGUGGUGGGGCCCAAGGGCGCCACGAUCCGCCGCAUCCAGCAGGCGACGCACACUUACAUCGUGACGCCGAGCCGCGAGCGCGAGCCCGUCUUCGAGGUGACGGGCCUGCCGCACAAUGUGGAGCGCGCCCGCGAGGAGAUCGAGUCGCACAUCGCCGCGCGCACCGGCAGCCUCCUCGAGUUCUGCGGCGGCGGCGGCGGCGUCGACGGAGAGAGCGACUUCCACGUCAACGGCAUGGACGUCGGCUUCGAGUACGGCGCCGGCGGCGGCGGCGGCGGCGGGGUACCAGCCGGGCAGCCUGUGGCUCAGGCUCCCGCGCAAGCCUCUGUUCGCGGCGCCGUCGCGCAACGACAGCUCGAGCUCGCUGGGCAGCGUGUCGGGCGACUCGCGCGUCGGCGGCGCCCCGGGCUUCGGCCCGGUCGACGCGGCCGAGGGGCGGCGGCCGCGGCCUUGGGGUCGCGGGCGGACGAGCCGGGGCUCUGGGCGCAGCUGGAGCGAGCGAACCCCAUCGCGGCGGCGCUGGGCGGCCUCCCGCACCACCCCGGGCGCGAGCGGGCCGCCUCGGCCAGCGGCUGCGGCUCCUCCUCCGCGGCGCCGUCGGCGUCGUCGGCGUCGGGCGGCGCCGAGCACCACCCGUCGGCGCGGCGCGUGCGCAGCGACCCGCUGCAGGCGAUGGUGGCGCACGGCCUGCCGGGCUUCCUGAGCGCCGAGUGGAGCCUGGGCCUGCUGCGCCGCGGAGGCCCCGGGGCGCCGGCGUCGCCGGGGGAGCAGCAGCAGCAGGGGCAGCAGGGGCAGCCGCGCGAGUGCGCCGUGUGCCGGGAGAGCGCCGUGACGGCGGCCCUGGUGCCCUGCGGCCACAAGCUGUUCUGCAUGGAGUGCGCCAGCGGCAUCUGUCACGAGAACGAUCCCAAAUGCCCCGUCUGCCUCACGUCCGUCACUCAGGCCAUUCGCAUAUUCUCGUAGGGAGCGGAG